GGGGGCGUGGCCGGCCGGGGCGUCUCGCGCUGGGUGACAGCUCGCGCGUGCUGGUGAUGGCGGGCUUUGAAGCUGCCUGGCAGUGAGGACUUUGCAGUAAUUAAAUUCCCCGGGAUCCGUGGGAGGAUGACGGGGCUGCCGCGCGCCCCGGCCGCGGCGCGGCGGAGCAGAGGAUGUGUGAGCUGCACUCCGUCGGAGCAGCGACCCCUCCUGUGAGACAUGGAUAGAUGCAAACAUGUGGGGCGGCUACGACUCGCCCAGGACCACUCGAUCCUGAACCCCCAGAAGUGGCACUGCGUGGACUGCCACACCACCGAGUCGCUCUGGGCCUGCCUCAAGUGCUCCCACGUGGCCUGCGGGCGCUACAUCGAGGAGCACGCCCUGAGGCACUUCCAGGAGACCCAGCACCCCUUGGCCAUGGAGGUGCACGAGCUCUACGUCUUCUGUUACCUCUGCCAGGACUACGUCCUGAACGACAACCCCGAGGGCGACCUGAAGCUGCUCAGGAGCUCCCUGUCGGCCAUCAAGGGGCAGAGGAGCGGGAGGACGCUGCGCUCCAUGGCGCUGGCCGAGGACGCCUGGAGGAGGAGGAGCCCUCAGGGCCAGUCCCAGAUGCUCACGGCGCUGUGGCACCGGCGCCAGGCCCUGCUGGCGAGGGCUCUGCGCACCUGGUUCCACAAGAGCUCCCGGGGACAGCUGAAACUGAAGGAGAAGAAGCAGAUGGAGGAGCUGCAGAAGAAGAAGGAGGCGGCUCGGCAGCGGCGGCAGGAGAUGAAGAGGCAGCUCCUGGAGGAGCUGGCCAGCACCCCCCCGAGGAAGAGCGCCAGGCUGCUGUCCCACGUGCACAGGGAGAGCUUGAUCCCAAGGAAAUUCAGGGAGGUGGGCGCAGCUUCCCCUACCUCACGGCAGGUGCAGAGCAGCAGGUUGAAGCAGUUCUACUCCAUCCGGCGGCAGCCCCUGAUGACGCCCGGGGUGACGGGGCUGAGGAACCUGGGCAACACUUGUUACAUGAACUCCAUCCUGCAGGUGCUCAGCCACCUCCAGAAGUUCCGGGAAUGUUUCUUGACUCUUGAUCUCUGUGAAACGGAAGAACUUUUAGCUAAAACUGUGAACGGGAGGGCCAGGGUGCCUGGCAGGCUGGCGAAUGGGGCUGCUGCUGGCGAGCCGGGGAGGCCUGACAGGGUGGGCACGCAGAGCUCUCCGGCCGGCUUGAACGGGGGCUCCUCCAUCAGCCGGAGCUUGGAGCUGAUCCAGCCCAAGGAGCCCAGCUCGAAGCACAUCUCCCUCUGCCACGAGCUGCACACGCUGUUCAGGGUGAUGUGGUCUGGCAAGUGGGCCCUGGUGUCCCCGUUUGCCAUGCUGCACUCCGUGUGGAGCCUGAUCCCGGCGUUCCGCGGCUACGACCAGCAGGACGCUCAGGAGUUCCUCUGCGAGCUCCUGGACAAGGUCCAGCAGGAGCUGGAGUCCGAGGGCAGCAGGCGCAGGAUCCUCAUCCCCUUCUCGCAGAGGAAGCUCACCAAGCAGGUCCUCAAGGUGGUCAACACCAUUUUCCACGGGCAGUUGCUCAGCCAGGUCACCUGCAGGACGUGCAACUACAAAUCCAACACCGUGGAGCCCUUCUGGGACCUUUCCCUGGAGUUCCCGGAGCGGUACCAUUCCCUGGAGAAGGGGCUCCUGCCCGUGCCCCAGGCUGAGUGCCUGCUCACCGAGAUGCUGGCCAAAUUCACCGAGACAGAAGCCCUGGAGGGGAGGAUCUACGCCUGUGACCAGUGCAACAGUAAACGGCGAAAAUCUUCUCCCAAACCUCUUGUUCUGAGUGAAGCUAAAAAGCAGUUGCUGAUCUACAGACUACCUCAGGUCCUCCGGCUGCACCUUAAACGCUUCAGGUGGUCUGAGCGCAAUCACCGCGAGAAGAUCGGGGUCCAUGUCCUCUUUGAGCAGGUAUUAAACAUGGAACCUUACUGCUGCAGGGACUCUCUGCCCUCCCUUGCCACAGAUUCCUGUGUCUAUGACCUCUCGGCUGUGGUGAUGCAUCACGGGAAGGGGUUUGGCUCAGGACACUACACAGCCUAUUGCUACAACACGGAGGGAGGUUUUUGGGUGCACUGCAAUGACUCCAAACUGAAUGUAUGUAGCGUGGAGGAGGUGUGCAAGACCCAGGCCUACAUCCUCUUCUACACUCAGAGGACGCUGCAGGACAGAGCAGGAAUCCCAGAGCUCCCAACUCAGAAGAAUGAAACAGGAGAAUCCCCCUGGAUCAACACCCCCCAGUCCCUAAAAUCCUGCUCCAGCCCCAAGAGGAACAGGGCCACGCAAGGGGAGGAAUGUGAAAUCCCAAAUUCCACGUGGAGCUGGAAAAGCUACAAAAACAAAAAGUCUGUAUCUGAAAUCAGCCUGAUUUUGGGAAUUCUGUGGGGAAAAAAAAAAAAAAAAGAGCCUUAGCUGGACUAUUUACAGUCACUUCUACAGUUGCACCUCAGGUGUGGUUUUUUUGUCAUUUUGGGGCUUGGCUGUUCACAUUUCACCUUUUAAUCUGAAUAUUACAACUGGUGUCUGUUAAUUUGGGUUAUUUUUUUUUUAACAAUCAAAAAAUAUUAGGGUUUUUUUUUUAAUAUUCAGUUUUCAGGCAGGGAAGUUCUCCAAGUGUUUUUUCCUCCUCCCUUUUUGCUCCUUUUGUCUCAUCAGACAAACACGAGCUGCCAACCUUUGUUGCUGUGGGGGAAAAGCUCCUAAAUCCCAUUUUUUUCCCUGGGAAUUUCAACCUCCAGUCCUUGGGAAAACUGAGCAGAGCAAGCAAAAAACUUGGGAUUGUGUCAGAGAAAAAUUCCCAUUUCCCAACGUUCCUGAUGCCAGUGGCAGGCCUGGAGUGUCCUCCUCAAGGACAGCAGCAAGUGACAGGAGAAUCUAAUUAAUUCAUUAAUUAAGGGCUACAAAUGAAGGGCCUUGAGGGGCAGAUGGGGGGAGGGACUCACUGCUCGAUCCUUGUGGGUCCCUUCCAGCUCGGGAUAUUCCAGAAUUCCUGAAUAUUCCUGGCUCUUUUUUAUGCAGCCAGGUUUGUCCCAGAUCAUCCCCAAAUCAUCCCUGGAUCCAAGGCAGAGCCUGGCCCCGACACGGGGGGGAUUAAUUAGCAAAUUAAACCUGAGAUUAACCC